UCCUUGUAUGAUCCUUUCUUCCUGGUUUUUUACAACCUCUCCUUCACUUCACUGCCCAUACUUUCCUAUGGGCUUUUUGAGCAGCAUAUACCAAAAGAGGAACUACUCAAUAAUCCACAACUUUACAGAAAUAUAAGUAAGAAUUCUACAAUGAGCUGGUCGGAGUUUUUUAAAUGGAAUAUUUUAGGUUUAUGGCACUGCAUUGUGUUCUUUUUUGGAUUCUACUUUCUGCAGUGGACUGGGGUUUCUAUUUUCCAUUCCGGUGUGGGAAUUGGUAAUUUUGACUUUGGCACACUUAUCCUUGUUACUUGUGCUACCAGUGUCAAUAUGAAGCUGAUGUUGGAAACCUACUACUGGUGUUUACCUACAGUCAUUGCAUACACAAUUACCUUUGUUGGCAUGGUUUUCCUAGCUGCUGUCUACACCAAUGUCUUCUUUCCGUCAUUUCUGGUAAGCCAUAAUGACAUGUUCAAAGUCUUCAAUCAAAUCUAUGCAACGCCAACAACAUGGCUGACAAUGGUGCUAUUAAUAUCAGCCGCAUUACUUCCAGACUUUGUGAUUCGAGUCUGCAGGGAUACAUACAAUCACAGAUUUCAGCCCUCUCCUUGCUGUCAGCCUGGUCCUGUUGGAAUGACUGAUGAGGAAGUUGCAAUAUUGCCAGGUUCCAGUAGGCAAAAUCCUUCGCCAGAUGACAGGGAAGUGAGGUCAUCAUACGAGACACUGAAGAUAAAAUCAUCAAGCAGAUCUGAAAGGAAACUCCUUAGCAACAAACUUAUGUGUCCACAAAAACUUUAUGGUACAGACCAGAGCUGGAAUCAAGGUACAGAUCAUGGUCUCUUGCGGCAUGUGUCUGUUGGAGAUUCUGGUUUUGGUGGCGACGAGGAGGAUGACAGUGAUGAGGAUGUCUCAUAG